AUGUCCUCUGAUCUCUCCUAUCCACCUGGCGCCCUACAUUCCGAUGGAAAACAGGACCACGAGACCGUUGCCUUGACGCCCCUAAGACCGUCGAUCACUUUGACCGCACGGAAUCACUCUAACGGUCGGAACAAUCCGUCUUCACACCGUCGCGCAAACACUGAAUAUAUUGCACGAGCACCUCUCUUCGAAGAGGGCUCUGACAACACGAUAUCAAAUCAUCCGAGCAACACCCCCUGGACCGAAACCUUGCCGAAGAAAGCCAGAGCUAGUGUCUUGACAGACUGGUUCCAAGGGAAAUCAGACCCAGUGGGCCUAGGACUGAAAAUGGGCUCCAGCGAUGCAUAUGAUGUGACGGGGAUGAAUGCCCGUCUAGCUUCAACAUCCAUGUCACAUACGAGACAGAACUCAACGAGUCGGUUCUCGUUUUUUGGCCUGCGGCGACAACCAAGCAAGCCUAACUUCCCCGAGCCAGUAGAUGACGAGUUCCUGAACCUUGACAUCACUGCGGCUCUUUCGUUACCUGAAUUGGACGUUGCCAAUGAUGAGGCGCUGGGCGUCCUACGAGAUCACGCCGACAACCUUUUACGAAGCAUGCAAGAGGCCUAUAGGCAACGAACUUUUGCCAUGCACCAAGUAUUGGCGGACAAGGAUGAAAAGCUCGAGGAACUCGAAGAAACUCGUGCACGAGUUGAUCAUCUCAGGACGCAGUUGGACGGCAUGGCCGCCAAGGUACUAGAUCAGGAGAAAGCCAUGCAGGCCAUGGCGGAGGAACUGGAGCAAGAGCGACAAGCGAGAAAGACAGAGGAGUCUCGCAGUCACAGUCGUGAAAUAUGUACCGAGGAUCCAGAAGACGACGUCCCCUCCAUGGCGCUGCAAACCCCUCGGCGCGGUGGCAAGCGUGCCAGUCAUAGCACCUUCACCAGCGACUCGGGCUUCGAGUCCGGUGACGAGAGCGUUGUCGAUAGCGUCUUCUCCCAACGUGAGGGCGUCGAGUCUCCCACCUCCACGCUGACUGCACCAUCUCCCAACAUGUCCCAGAUAGCCUUGUCUACUACUGGCCCGGCGCCAACACCUACAAUCCAAAAGAACCUGUCCGCGGUCACAAGUGUACCACCGCCUGCACGCUCAUCGGCAUAUGACCGGGUUCUGAAGGGCCUUGCUUCGACGCGCUUAGGUAGUUCUUUCACUGGCGGAACGGCUCCUAACUGCAACAUUUGUUAUGGUGUGCCCGCCUCCGAGGCCUGGAGUGUGAUGGGUAUUCUACAAGAGGAGAAUCGGGGGCUCAAGACACGUAUGGGGGAGCUUGAGCUGGUCAUCGAUGAUUGUCUGGGUCUCGUCGGUCCUUGA